AAGGAAGAGAACAAAUACUUUAUCGGUUCCAGCAGUGGGGAGCAGGCUGAUAGCUGGGUGAACACUAGGGUCAGGCGAGUUGGCGCUAGUUUGCCAGCCUGUCGGUGCUGUUGCACACACUGCAUGCGAGAGUUUCGACUUCCCUCCCCUGUUCCCUUGCUCUCACUCUAAUUGCCGAGGGAGAGGCGAGGUAAGAGCGGCAGUGAUAUUAUCGUCAAAGGCAGCAGAUCUCUCCACCUCCCCCCCCCAAGCGCAUGACUGUGAAGCACCAUCAGUCAAAGGGAAAAGGAAGAAGACACAAAGAGUUGGAUGCAAGCGACGCCGUCAGUGCUUCUCACACACACUCCAGAAACACCCAAGGGGAGAGCAAGUUGGAGGUCCAAUCAUAAUGGGAGUCUGAAAAUGUGUGUGGCAAUGUUUCACCGAAACCGUUUUCUGUUUCUGCUGGCCAUAGUUGCCCUCCUGGCUGUCCUGAGCCUAAGCCUACAGUUCUCAGCCACAACACACAGCGCAAACAGCAUACGACCAGCUGGAGAUAGACCUGGAGAAAACAGAGUGGAAGAUCCACGCUGGAGAGCUCAGAAGACACCACAGGGCAGGAAUGUUGCAGGAGCAGUGCACUUGAUUCCUAUGACACGACCAAAAGAGGAUGGAAUGGUUGCUAAAAGCCGAAAACGAAUAUUAGUAAAUCUGUACACUGCUCCUCCAAAGUUGGACCCAAUAUAUGAGGCCUAUCAAUACUGCAACAUGCCAAACAAAACUGAUCGUGGCCUGGAAGGCCACGCACCAUCGGACUAUAAAUUGCUGUCAGUACAUGUUAUGAUUCGCCAUGGUGACAGGUAUCCUCUCUAUGCCAUUCCGAAAACAAAACCACCACCUAUUGACUGUAUACUGAUUCCCACUAGGAAACCCUCUCACCGGCUGCUGGAAACCUUCAUCAAGAACAGGAACAUCAUCACUGCCUGUAAACUGGAUGGUCCCUUGAAUAAUAUUGCUCUCCUCCCCAGCCACACAGUGUGUGAAAUGGGAGAACUGACCCAAAUAGGUGUUGUCCAGCAUCUGCUGAAUGGAGAACAUUUGCACAACACGUACAUUAAGAAACAUAAACUGCUGCCUGAUAACUGGUCUACGAAGCAUGUGUAUGUGGAAUCAACAGGAAAGAGCCGGACACUGCAGAGUGGACUAGCUCUGCUGUACAGCCUACUACCAAAACUGGACUGGGGCAAAAUACACAUCCGAUACCAGUGGAGUACCAUUUUCUGCUCUAACAGCUGCGACUGCCCGAUGCGUAAUCACUACCUAGAGGAGGAACAACGACGCCAGUAUAAUAUGCGGGUUAAAAACAGCCUGUUGGAACAGACAUACAUAGACAUGGCAAAAAUUGUGGGGAUUCCCACCCGACGGUUAAGAGCAGCUAAUCCCAUUGACUCCCUGCUUUGCCAUUUCUGUCAUAACAUCUCAUUUCCAUGCACAGAAUAUGGUUGCAUUAAUUUGAACCACUUCAAAGUCAUCAAGGCACAUCAGCUGGAAGGUGAGCAAGACAGGCAGAGGAAGACGUUGUACUACAAAUAUGCACUACUUGCAACCCACCCAAUUUUAAACCAGACUGUCACUCGCAUGCAACAGAUUGCUCAAGGGAAAAAGGAUGAAAUAUUUGCCCUCUACUCUGCUCAUGAUGUCACAGUGGCACCCCUGCUCAGCGCUUUGGGCAUUCCUGAUGCCAGUUUUCCUCGAUUUGGUGCUCGAAUAAUCUUUGAAAUGUGGCAGAAUGGUCAGGUCAAAAGACAACAUUUUAUUCGUAUUCUUUAUAAUGGCAUUGACGUCACAUUCCAAACUUCGUUCUGCUCUGGGCACAAAGCACAUUCCAAACAACUCCUCUGUCCUUUUGAGAAUUUCCUAAGUUUUGUAAGGAAGGACAUGUUUGCCAUUUUUAACAGCACAAAUUAUUAUGAUGCAUGCCACAGGAGAGUAUUUUAAAUACGUCAGUGCUGGAGUUUCUGUACUGCU